GCGCUGGCCCGGCUGCCGCGCCUCUAGCUGCCCUGGUUACCGUUGGUGUUUGCGAAUCCUCCGCAACGCCGGUUUUGCCGCGGCCCGGGCCCGCGGCGGUUCCACACGCGCGCGCCGCCGUCACGUGGGCCGAGGCUUCCCAGGCGGACACUGGCCGGUGGCUGAGGCGGGAGGAAGGCGCUGCGGCUACCGCUAGCCCUCCCUCGCCGCCCCAGAGGCUGGCGCGCGGAUAAAAAUGGCGAAAUGGGGGGUAGCCGGCGGGGAACCUGACGGGAUGGGGCACGGAGGUGGCACUGUUGCGGGAGCCUGCUGAGGUGGGCGCACUUGACCUGGCCACCUCGGGCCGGCGGCGGACAGCGCAGACCACGGACUCCGAGGGUCGCCGAGGGCCCCGCCGAGAGCCGGAGGCAAUGGACGAGCAGAGUGUGGAGAGCAUUGCUGAGGUUUUCCGAUGUUUCAUUUGUAUGGAGAAGCUGCGGGAUGCUCGGCUGUGUCCUCACUGCUCCAAGCUUUGUUGUUUCAGCUGCAUCAGGCGCUGGCUGACAGAGCAGAGAGCUCAGUGUCCUCAUUGUCGUGCUCCACUCCAGCUCCGGGAACUAGUGAAUUGUCGCUGGGCAGAGGAGGUGACACAGCAGCUUGAUACUCUCCAACUGUGCAGUCUCACCAAGCACGAAGAGAACGAGAAGGACAAAUGUGAAAAUCACCAUGAGAAACUUAGUGUAUUUUGCUGGACUUGUAAGAAGUGUAUCUGCCAUCAGUGUGCACUUUGGGGAGGAAUGCAUGGUGGACACAUGUUUAAACCUUUGGCAGAAAUUUAUGAACAGCAUGUCACUAAAGUGAAUGAAGAGGUAGCCAAACUUCGUCGACGUCUUAUGGAACUGAUCAGCUUAGUUCAAGAAGUGGAAAGAAAUGUAGAAGCUGUAAGAAAUGCAAAGGAUGAGCGUGUUCGGGAAAUUCGGAAUGCGGUGGAGAUGAUGAUCGCACGACUAGACACACAGCUGAAAAACAAGCUCAUAACACUCAUGGGUCAGAAGACAUCUCUUACUCAAGAAACAGAGCUGUUGGAAUCUUUACUUCAGGAGGUAGAGCAUCAGCUGCGGUCUUGCAGUAAGAGUGAGCUGAUAUCUAAGAGCUCAGAGAUCCUAAUGAUGUUUCAGCAAGUUCACCGAAAACCCAUGGCAUCCUUUGUUACCACACCUGUUCCACCAGACUUUACCAGUGAAUUGGUACCAUCUUAUGAUUCAGCUACUUUUGUAUUAGAGAACUUCAGCACUUUGCGCCAGAGAGCAGAUCCUGUUUACAGCCCGCCUCUUCAAGUUUCAGGACUUUGCUGGAGGUUAAAAGUUUACCCAGAUGGAAAUGGAGUUGUGCGAGGUUAUUACUUAUCUGUAUUUCUGGAACUAUCAGCUGGCUUACCUGAAACUUCCAAGUAUGAAUAUCGUGUAGAAAUGGUUCAUCAGUCCUGCAACGAUCCUACCAAAAAUAUCAUUCGAGAAUUUGCAUCUGACUUUGAAGUUGGAGAGUGCUGGGGCUAUAAUAGAUUUUUCCGUUUGGACUUACUUGCAAAUGAAGGAUACUUGAACCGACAAAAUGAUACAGUGAUUUUAAGGUUUCAGGUACGCUCACCAACAUUUUUUCAAAAAUGCCGCGAUCAGCACUGGUACAUUACUCAGUUGGAAGCUGCACAGACUGGUUAUAUUCAACAAAUAAACAAUCUUAAAGAGAGACUGACUAUUGAGCUGUCCCGAACUCAGAAAUCAAGAGAUUUGUCACCACCAGAUAAUCAUCUUAGCCCCCAAAAUGAUGAUACUCCUGAAACACGAACUAAGAAGGCUGGCUCAUGCUCUGAAAUGCUUCUGGAAGGUGGUCCUACUUCAGCUUCUGUAAGAGAGACCAAAGAAGAUGAAGAGGAAGAGGAGAAGAUUCAGAAUGAAGACUAUCAUCAUGAGCUCUCAGAUGGAGAUCUGGAUCUUGAUCUUGCUGGGGAAGAUGAAGUGAAUCACCUGGAUGGCAGCAGCUCCUCUGCGAGUUCCACAGCAACAAGCAAUACAGAAGAGAACGAUAUUGACGAAGAGACCAUGUCUGGAGAAAAUGAUGUAGAAUAUAACAACAUGGAGUUGGAAGAGGGAGAACUCAUGGAAGAUGCAGCUGCUGCAGGACCUCCAGGUAGUAGCCACAGCUAUGUGGGUGCCAGCAGCAGAAUGUCAAGAAGAGCCCAUUUAUGCUCUGCAGCUACCAGUAGCUUAUUAGACAUUGAUCCUUUAAUCUUAAUACAUUUAUUGGAUCUUAAGGACCGGAGCAGUAUGGAAAAUCUGUGGGGCUUACAGCCUCGUCCCUCUACUUCACUUUUGCAGCCCACAGCAUCAUAUUCUCGAAAAGAUAAAGAGCAAAGGAAGCAGCAGGCAAUGUGGCGAGUGCCUUCUGACCUAAAGAUGUUGAAAAGACUCAAAACUCAAAUGGCAGAAGUUCGGUGUAUGAAGAGUGAUGUGAAGACCACACUGUCCGAUAUAAAAGGCACUGGUGUUGCUUCUGGAGACAUACAGACAAACCUUUUUUGUGCUGACCAGGCAGCUCUGGCUACCUGUGGACCUGAAAAUUCUGGUAGAUUACAGGAUUUGGGAAUGGAGCUUCUAGCAAAGUCAUCAGUCGCUGGCUGUUACAUACGCAACCCCAUAAAUAAGAAGAAUUCACCCAAGUCAGCUCGGGCCAUAGCAGGCAGUCUGUCCCUCCGAAGAGCGAUGGACUCUGGAGAAGGUAGCCUUUCAAAGGGGGACUGCCAGACUGUGUGUGAAGGCUCCCCAGGAAGCUCUCAAUCUGGGAGCAGACACAGCUCUCCCCGAGCCCUGACCCAUGGCCUCAUUGGGGAUAUUCUGCCCAAAAGUGAAGACCGACAGUGCAAAGCUUUGGAUUCUGAAGCUGUGGUGGUUGCAGUUUUCAACGGCUUACCUACUGUUGAGAAAAGGAGGAAAAUGGUCGCCUUGGGGGCUAACGCAAAAGGAAGUCGCCUGGAAGGAAUGCAGAUGGCAGAUUUGGAAAGUCAUUCGGAAGCUGGGGAGUUACAGCCCGCACUGCCUGAAGGUGCAUCAGCUGCCCCCGAGGAAGGAAUGAGCAGCGACAGCGACAUUGAAUGUGACACUGAGAACGAGGAGCAGGAAGAGCACACGAGCAUGGGCUCCUUCAAUGACCCGUUCCUGGCUCAGCCCCCCGAUGAAGAUUCACAUUCCAGUUUUCCUGAUGGUGAACAAAUUGACCCUGAAAAUCUCCACUUCAGUACCGAUGAAGGCGGUGGAAGGUGUCAUUUAAAAUGAGUUAACUCACUGUGGAUUGGUUCUGUGAAGACAUGGAAGGUCACUUAAAGUUUCUUUCCAUCUUUUCUGCUUCCUGACACACUACUGUAGUGCAGCUAAUAUUUUGAAACGAUUUCCAUUGGCUGGACUUUGACUUCAGUGAGUGCAUCUAAAGAUUUACAUGUAGUGCAGUCUUACAUCAACAUGAAACCGUGUGUAAGGCUUUCUCUCAUAUUCCCCAUUAGCCCCAACCCCAAAUGAUUGCCAAACUUUGCCACUGUGCUCCCGCAUUUGUGUUUGAGCUAUUACGUGUUUGUGAAAGCUGCACUUUAAGCUGGCAAGAGAUUGUUGAAGAAGCAUGGAUGUAUGUCCACGAGAGUGCUCUCCCUGCUUGUUCCAGUGAUGAUGGUUCACUCCGUGUUUGAUGGCUUGCUCAAUGCUGUGACUCAUAGUUGACUUUUUUUCUUAAAACAGCUUUAUUAUUUGUUAAUAAAGUUAACUUGAGAGAA